GCGGCGGCCGCUCGAGGGCUCUGCCCGAGCGCACGCGGCCAGCCUCUCCGCCCCUCUCGGCGCUCGCAGGUGAAAGCGGCGCCUGCCUGACGCGCUCGGGCGGUGUUUCCGGGUGCCGAGCCAGACGCUCUCGGGCGGCCCGGCAGCAUGAGCGGCUCCGAGGAGGCGAGGCAGCUGGAGCUGCUCGGCGGCCUUAAAGACCAAGCUAUUGGUGAAUAUGAAGAUCUAAGAGCAGAAAAUAAGAAAACAAAAGAAGAGUGUGACAAAAUCAAACAGCAGAGAGAUGAAGCAGUCAAGCAGUUGGAAGAGAUUCAGAAAAUUUCUCACAUGGUCAUUGAGGAAGUGAGCUGCAUACAGAGCCACCUUGAAAUUGAGAAGACAUGCCGUGAAAGUGCAGAAGCUCUGGCCACUAAGCUGAACAAAGAAAACAAGACUCUGAAAAGAAUCAGCAUGUUGUACAUGGCAAAACUGGGGCCAGAUAUAAUCACUGAAGAAAUAAACAUUGAUGAUGAAGAAUCGUCCACAGAUACGGAAGGUAGUCCAGGGGCAUGUGACUCGGUGCUUUGCCAGCAGAUGAUAAAAGAUCUGCGGGAUCAAAUUAUAUCUCUUCAGGAGGAAAAGAAGGCCUUAGCCAUUGAGCUGGAAAACCUGAGGAGCAAAUUAGUAGAAGAAAUUGUGGAUGUAAAUAAAGUCAAGGAAGAAAAUGCAGUUUUGACAUCCGAAGUUCAGAAGCAGCAGAAGGUGUUGGAAAAAUGUAACCGAAUGUCUGUACUGGCAGUAGAAGAAUAUGAAGAGCUGCAAGUAAACUUUGAAUUGGAGAAAGAUCUGCGGCAGAGAGCAGAAUCCUUUGCACAGGAGAUGUUUAUUGAACAAAAAACACUGAAGCGGCAAAGUCAGCUUCUCCUGCAAAAUGCUGGCCCCGACGAACAGCUUUUGAAAGCUUUGGAUGAAAAUGCCAAGCUGAAUCAAAUACUGGAGGAAGAGAGGCUGCAACACCAGCAAAAGGUUGAAGAACUGGAGGAACAAUUAGCUAACGAAGUCUUGAAUAAGGAAAUCAAAUCCCUUAAACAGCAGCUAGAACUUUUAGAAGAAGAUAAAAAAGAAUUGGAGGAAAAAUACCAGAGUGCUGAAGAAAAAGUUAAAAACCUAAAGAAUUCAGUCGAAGAGCUUCAAAAAAGAAUACACCAAUCAGAAAAUGUUAUACCACCAGCACCACCACCACCACCUCCUCCUCCUCCUCCUCCUCCUCCUCCACCUCCUCCACCUCCAAAUCCAAUAAGGUCGCUGAUGUCAAUGAUUCGUAAGAAGUCUCAUGCAAAUAGCAGCAUGGCGAAGAAAGAAAAGGCAUCUCAGCAAGGCUCAGGAGAAGUAUCGGAUCUAAAGAGACAAGCUGUUGAAGAAAUGAUGGAUAGAAUUAAAAAGGGGGUUCACCUUAGACCUGUUAAUCAGACCAACCGUUCUAAGACAAAGCCAGAAGUACCCAAACCCUCUGAGAGUGCAAUGAAAGAGUUAAAGGGAAUUCUGGAAACAAUGAAUACAUCUGCAAGUUCAAGAAGCCUAAAAUCCCUUGAGGCAGAUAGUAAUGAAACAGAAUUAGAAAGAAUUUUGCGGCUCAGGAAAGUGACGACCGAUCAAGAUAAUAGCAAUCCAAUUGGAAUAUUGGCUUCUUCUGAAUCCAAAUCAAUGCCAGUGUUGGGUUCCAUUGAAACACAGUCUGGAUUGAACAAGAAAACUCUGGCAGCAGAACUUGGCCCCAAUUCUUUGGGGUCGGAUGAAAAGUGUCAUAAAAUGGUUGAAAGCACAAGUUCCGACAUUCAGUCAUCAGCCAACAUGGGGCUUAAAAAUAAGGUUGCUGGUAAAGAAAAGGAAGCAGAAUCCAUGGUACUACUGAAUCCUGAGAAAACCAAAGAGCACACGCCUGGACAUCUGAAUCAAGACAAGGGGACUGAAGAAAAAGGUCAACAGCUUCAUAAAGAUACUAGAGUUGGGAAAACAAAAGAGACUGGCAGCUCUCAUUGCUAAUUUAUGUGCUAAAAGGCAUUAACUUCUGGAAGUUCCUUUCAGUGAGUGUCAGUUGUUUCAUUUGUGUAUACUGGGAAGGGCUUAAUUCUGUAGGGUUGUAUCCAAUUUAGUCGUACUCAGAGUAGAUCCUUUGGGUUGGAUUCAGCUAAGUUGUUGCAGUAGCAAAAACCAAUGCAAUAAGUCUUGCUAGCACACAAGGACUUCUCCCGCUGUGUGCCCCCUGCUACCUCCCCAAAUCUGCUCAGGUCAGGAAACCCACCAGAACAGCACAAGGGGAGAUCAUUCCAUCUGGCAAGCAAAAAUGCUUGCAGUGGUUCAAUUUCCAUAGUGCAGCCUGGAAUUCUACACAUUUAAAUUAAUGGAUAUAAGUAACGUACAUCUAUUAAUUUCAAUGGGACUACUUUGAGUAGUGCUUUACUGAAUGCAACUCCUCCCAGUCUCUAAUCAUGUUACUGUGAUCAUUUAUUGAAAUAACCUUAAGUUAUAUACAAUUUAAAGUCUCACAUUGGACUUUCUCCUGUACAGCAGGAAAGUUUUUACUUAAUUACUGUAUUGGGUUUCUUUCUUAAAUUAUGCAAUACAUCUAAAUUUAUUUUGAUAUUAUUAUUUUAUAUUGAUGCCUUUAGGACUGAAAGCUCACCAAAACUGAUAGAUUAAGCCUUAUUUAGGUAAUCACAGAAAUGCACUUCUACUGAUAGAUGCAGCCACAAAUCAGUUUUAGAAAAGGAAAGAUUAAUAUUACUCACCUUAAUAAGCCAAGAUAUAAGCGAGCCUUUUGGCCAUCCAUGUAGUCUCUUCACACAAGCAAUCCAACCAACCAGGAAGUCUUUCCUUAAUUACAAGGUUAACAGAUUUGGAACAAGCCAGGGUGUUGAGCCACAUUUUGAUGUUGGUCAGUGAGGAUGUAUGUGCAGCCAAAAGGCUUGUCCCAAAUGUACUAGGGAGUUCUCCACAAGACUUAAGGAAUUCUGAGCUACCACCUGAUUCAAAGGGUCUUCAGCUACAGUCUUGUGCAUUCACUUAGGCUAUAAGUCCAAUUAAAAACAGUAGAACUGAGCACAAAUGUUUAGAACUGCACUGUUAGUUAAUUGUAUUGCUUUUGAUAGAUCACUGUUUGCAUAUAUCUACAUAUGGCGAAGAGGCACAGUUUUUAAGGUUAUAUACAAAUACCGGUAUGUUGUAGGAGAUAUCAUCAUAAAAGACACAUUCCUUCUGUAUCAUGGGGAAUGCCAGUGGUGCUUUUUUAAAAGUUCUGCUCAUAAAUAUUUUCCAUUGAUUCAUUGCGGUGCACAGUUCUUAAAAAUGCUCUGGUCUGUACUAGAGUAUGCCUUAUGCACGAGUAACAUGUACAUGGAGCUGCAGGCAGCUGAAUCAUUUCACAAGACCAAGUGUAUAGAAAUUUGUAUUGAGCUGACCUUCUCUUGUGGCUCCAUAUUUAAUAAAUGCAGGUAUAGUAUCUAGGAUCAAGUAUAGGUAGCAGCUUCUGUCUGUUUUAAAAGGCAUAAGGCUUAAGAGAAAAGGGCUUUCCUUUUUCCUUCUGUGAUGGAGCUCAUAUUUGGAGACUUCCCUGGCUUUUUCUGGCCCACAUAGGACCAGUCUGGAUAAUCGGCCUUGGUGAAGAUUUGACAUUUUCUUCCCCAGUUUUUGAUUUUUCUAUUGAAAUGAGGCCGCAUUUUAAUGUUGUAUUUAGCCUUGUUUUUAAGUUGUAUUUUAAUCAAUUGUUUUAUAUCUGAUGUUAGCCGCCCUGAUGGGGAGGGCAGGGUAUAAAUAAAAUUUAUUACUAUCAAGAGCAGAGUAAUAGAAUCUCAUAUGGAGACCACCAAAAUUCCAUUCUCCAUUGCAUCCCUCCAGUGAGUAGAUUAAUGAACAUUUGCAUGUGCUGUGCUGCCUAAAGAAUAUUUACUUGUAAACCAGCAUGUACAUGGGCCACAAAGCACCAGCCUAUAUAUCAGGCAUGUCAACCAGUAGAUCAUGAUCUACCGGUAGAUCCCUGGCUGAUCCUGGUAGAUCGCGAGAUCAUCCCCAAAAGUGCAACAACUCAGCAAUCCUGCCCCCAAAAAGCUCAACAACUUGGAGCAACCCAUAUACCCUCCACCCCACCCCACGCACGCUCCUCCUCCCUCCAAUGACAAUGCGUAGAUCACUGCCAGUUUUUUUAUACUGGGAGUAUAUCGCAGCCUCUUGGGAGUUGGAUGUGCCUGCUAUAUAUGCUGCAGUUCUUUAGUGAAUCAGCACCAGGCUUCUAUCUUUUAUUCUACUGUAAAAUGACACCUGAAAACAAUAGCCUGUCAAAGCAGGGUGGGUUUUUUUAAGUAGGUGAAAUAGCUUACACAGCACAAUUGUGGCAUCACUCAUUCCUCCAGUGAAGACAGUGACAAAUGUGUUUUUACAGAGUUUUCACGUUUCCAAAAUCAACAUGCUUUUUACACUACAGUGAACAGGUGUGAUCAGGACUUUCUCCUUAAAAAAAAAAAAAAACUUGAUCAAUUUAAUGUUUGAAAUUGGGUGGUAAUGUUCUUCAAUGCACUGAGAUUUUAAUGAUAGGACACAAUGAUCAGUAAUUAGGAUUAAAAGAUGUAUGUGUUUGGUUUGUUAGCUUGCUUUAUAGUAGUUUUUCAAUGCUUAUCUUCUGAAAAGCAAAACUAUUAAAAGCUGUAAUCCUAUACAGUACACACUUCCCUGGGAGAAAGCCCCACUGUCUGAGUCAGGGCCAGCCCUACCAUUAGGCAGAGUGAAGCAGCCAUCUCUGGCAGAUUUUGGGUGCCAUGAAAGGACAGCAAAUAAUUAUUUAAUUUCUUGUUACUGUGUUUUUUACUCCCAGGAAGAGGUGGUUGUGGGAUUUUCUGCCUCAGGUGUCAAAGUAACUUGACCGGCCUAAGGUACAUAUGCACCAUGACCAAAGGUGCACAAUUUGCUUGCACUGCCUCAGGCAGCAAAAUGUAUUGGUCGAGACCUGCUCUGUUAGAUACAUAUAGGAUUGCAUUGUUAGUGUGGUAACUGUGUGUAAUUUUUAUUUUUAUUUUGCAUGUUUGUUAAGCAAAUAAUGGGAUUGAUCUAAUCAUUUAACUUUCAUAAAUAUGGGGAAACAUGUCCAUUUGCUUUCCAUGAACUUGCCCUUCAGUAGGUUUUGUUUCCUACUAAUUGUGUUUGCACUUAGAUAUCAGUUUGAUUACAAUGAAUUUCAUAUGACAAUUUCUAAAGGUAUUUUUUCUUGAAUUCUUACAGGAAAAUGCAAAAAAAUGAAAAAUGUAUUUCUUUCUAGUUAAAUUAUUUGUUAUACUAUGAUAUAAAUUAUUUAUCUUUUUAAUGCUGCUUAUUAAAAAAAGGUUUUUGACUUUCCCAGAAA